AUUCAGCCUGUCUGGUCUUGUCUGUAGAGUUGGAGCUGUGGAAGCAGAAAUGGGUGCUGGCCAGGCAUCAGGGGCUCCCUGCCUGUCAGUGUGACCCUUCCCCCACAUCUCCUGUCAGCCACCAUGCCCCCUCAAAGCAGAGCAUCAGAGGCUCAGGGACACCUGCCCAUGGACACAAUGGCCCCUGUGUGCAUGGCAGUUGGAGGUGUGGACAUAGGCAAAUGAGCACAGCACACAGAUAAGUGGUGCGGACACCCAGUGCCGCACUCACCGGCAUGGAGGGCAGCCAGAGUUCACUCAGCCUGGGCAGGGGACAGCGGGUCUCUGCGGAAAGCCAAGCCAUGGCCAACCUGCAGAAUCUGGCCCUGCGCUGGUUCAUGGAGACACAGGCCUCCCUCAUUCUGCAGAAUGGAGUCCUGCCCCCCUGGUUCCAUGGAUUCAUCACACGCAAGGAGACGGAACAGCUGCUCAGGGACAAGUCCCUCGGCUCCUUCCUCAUCCGCCUCAGUGACCGGGCCACCGGCUACAUCUUGUCCUAUAGGGGCCGUGACCGCUGCCGCCACUUCCUUAUCAACCAGCUCCCCAACCGGCGCUACCUUAUCUCAGGGGACGUCCAGAGCCAUGGCACACUGGCCGAGCUGCUGAGCCACUACCAGCAGGUGCAGCUGGAGCCCUUCGGGGAGACCCUGGCUGCAGCCUGCCCCCGGGAGGAGGAUGGUGAACUAUAUGAUGCCAUCUCCCUGGGACUCCAGCAAACCAGCGCCCUGGCCACAGUGCCCCUCCCGGUGGCCCCUGAACAGGCCUCCAGUCCUAGGACAUCUCCAAAGCCCCAGGAUUCCUUUCUCCAUGGGAAGAAGAGCCCAGAGAGGCAGGGGCAUAUCCCUAUGGAGGAAGACGUGCAGGUCCCCAACAAGGUGCCACCCCUCCCCGAGCGCAGUGCCUCCCUUCUGGACAAGUCCCAGGGAGGCCCUAACGACAUCGUCUACGCAGACCUGAGGAAAACCAAGCAGACUCCAGGAGGCCUGAACACCGAGGUGUCUGGCCGACUCACACCAGUCCCAAGCCAGGAAGCCCCGCAGAGACUCUCAGAUGCAACUCCUGGUCCCCAAGGCCUCUUUCUGGCACCCAGUGCUGUGGCCCCAGGGAUCUCCAUCUUAUCCUGGAGUCAGAGUUCUCAGCCCAGCUCACCCAAUGGCGCUGCAGACACCUUCGAGGCCAUCAGCUCCACCAGCCUUGCUGACAAGACCAGGCCCCAGCAAGGGGAUGGCAGCACCUAUGAGUCUAUCCAGGUCUGCUGGGGGGGCCCAGCAUGGAGUCCCCUACGGAGAGGCUCAGGGCCACUGGACUACAGCUAUGAUAGAAUCUCAGGGGGCCCUGGGCCCCUGGAUCCUGGAAACACCUAUGAGCAGAUCCCAGCAGCCAGAAACAAGGACCCUGGACGGGCCCAGAAGCCCGAGAAGCUCCGAAAGAUGUUCUUCACCGACAAGAAGCCCAGAGCCUGA